AUACUAUGUAGCAUCCUGUGUACCAUGCUCUUAAAAAAACAGAUCCCGUACCUGUCCGCUGUCCCUUUGAUCAUCUCUAAUCAUAUUCGAUCGUCAAUUCCUCAUCGAGUCUGCGAGCUGAGGGAGUUUGGAGUCUGCAUUACCACCUUUGAUUCCUUCCAGCCUCCAGGGUUUAGGGAUUCGUGGCAAAGAAAAGGAUGUCCAGUACUGCUUGUUUUAUGAUCGUGAGUAGGAAUGACAUUCCCAUCUAUGAAGCUGAAGUUGGAGCUGCACAGAAAGAGGAUGCUGCUCAUCAGCACCAGUUCAUUCUACAUGCAGCACUAGACAUUGUUCAGGAUAUGGCAUGGACUACCACCGCAAUGUUCAUGAAGUCAAUCGACCGGUUCAAUGAUUUGGCUGUUUCAGUGUAUGUCACUGCAGGUCAUAUCCUCAAUAUUGUCCAAUUUCAUGCAAGACCGUAAUUCACUAUUGAACUUGUGUACAGGACAACAUAAGCCAUGGGGUGUUUUAUUGCAAAGUUUACUACUUUACUAUCAACGCCAGUAAAAAAUUUUGCCUGAAUUUUAUAGCUCGCAUCCCAUAAAGCUCACUAAUUAGUACUCAUUAUUCUUUUUGCUCAUAAACCAACCUUCUCUUUUUGGCUUAUUUCCUUUUAUCCAAAUUAUGAUGAUAUCUACAAACUCUAAAUAGUUCUUUAUUGAAUAAAUAGCUUUGGAGUUAUUUGCUCUUGGUGCUCAAUGGCCACAUAUACUCAAAAUAUGGCUUUAUUUUAUUAUUGGACACAUCUUUCUGUUUGUUGCUAGCACCUUAAUUUAUAUCUCAAAACUUGUUGCAUUGUUUUCUUUGACUAAUUGACCAUACAUACUCGACUGAUGCUGCUUCACGAUUCUCGCAAUGAUGAUGGGAUCAAAAGCUUCUUCCAAGAAGUUCAUGAGCUUUAUAUAAAGUCUCUUCUUAAUCCCCUAUAUUUACCUGGAUCUCGGAUUACUUCGUCUCAUUUUGAUACAAAGGUCAGAGCUCUUGCUAGAAAGUAUCUCUGAAGCUUAUAAUUGGCCGGAGCCACCAGUGCCCUGAAAUUAUGCUUGAAAAAAUCUCUGAAGAUUUUUACAGUAGCAUUUGCAUAACACAUUUAUCUUAGUAACGUGAGAAUUUGCUCUUGAAGGUCUUUUUGUGGCCAACAGUCAUCUAUCAAUUGUUUUCAUCUUCAUAAAACUUCAGAAUUUAUUUUGCCCUCUGAACGUGUCGCCUAUAUUACUACGAUCAAUAUGCAAUUGAUGAAACUAUAAUUCU